AUGGAGUGCUGGGAGUUUCUCACAGAUGCUUGGCUGUCCUCCCUGGUUGGCCAGCAGCUCAACAUUGAACACUUUGAUGUCCUCGAAGCUGAGGGCAACUCUUCAAGUACUCUGGUGAAAGUUCAAUGCAAGACAGACACGCUCAUGCUCAAGGUCACACGCCAAGUUGCGGCCGAUGCUCUGGCAGCCUUGGUUGACAGGGAGGCACUCUUCUAUCAAACUGCAUGGCAACAGCUGCACGACUUCGGCGUGGGCUUGCUGGAUUUGCGUGGAGUUGAGAUUCGCCCUGACAUGUCUGUGAUCGUGCUGGAGUUUGUGAAGGAUGGUUGGCGCACCGGCUCAAAUUCUGGACUUGUGAGCCUUGGAAUGACCUGGACUUGCUUGAGUCGCGCCAAACGCAGCUGA